CUGAAAUUAGCACAGUCGUAUAACACUUGUCACGUCACAAGGUGAGAGGAAAGCUGCGGAUUUUUCUUUUGGCCGAAACAAGUGAAAUACUGUGCGGAAAUCAGUGAACGUGGUACGAAAGUGUGCAGCAAGUCUCUUACUUUACCACAAUGAGUGAAUCUGAGAACUCGGCGGCGGCGUACGCGGACUUCGUGAAGCCGCAACUGCAGUAUAACGAAGAAGGCUGGGGCCCAUGUGAGAAAAUCGACUUCAGAGAUAUGCCCUAUCAGCCCUUCAGCAAGAGCGACCGCUUGGGGAAGAUCAGUGACUGGACCGGGACGGCGACUGUGGACAAGAAGUUCCCAAAUAAGUACGCAAGUCAAUUCGGGACGGGCAGUCAGUACGCGUACUACCAUGACGAGGAUGAGACUACGUUCCAUCUGGUGGACACGGCGCGCGUGCAGAAGUUGCCGUACCAGCGUGGCCGCUUCCGUGGCAACAUGAGACACAUGAGGGGUCGCGGCGGACGCGGCGGAGGCCAUCAGGGUGGCCUGCAGUCGCUCGGGAAGAGCGUCAAGAUGCGGGAUCAGCGCCGCGGAACGACUGGUAGGAAGUGGGGCAUGCGUGGACCACCGCCCAAGAUCCGCGACGCCUCUGUGACUGUGCGUCCAGACUGGAUGACCAUCGAAGAGAUGGACUUCCCUCGGCUGGCCAAGUUGUCUCUACCGGGCGUGAAGGAGGGCGAGGACAUCACGUGCUGCGGAACGCUGGAGUACUAUGACAAAUCCUAUGAUCGAAUCAACGUGAAGAGCGAGAAGCCGCUGCAGCGUGUGGAUCGCAUCUUCCACACUGUGACCACCACGGAUGACCCCCUCAUUCGGUCGCUCAGCAAGUCUGUGGGAAAUGUGUACGCCACGGACUCCAUUCUGGCCACGAUUAUGUGCUGCACGCGCUCCAACUACUCUUGGGACAUCGUGAUCGACAAGAUCCAGGACAAGCUGUUCAUGGACAAGCGUGACAACACGGAGUUCGAUCUGCUCACGGUGAAUGAGACGAGCGUGGAGCCGCCGCAGGACGACGGCAACUCUCUCAAUUCGCCUCGCAAUCUCGCUAUUGAGGCCACGUUCAUCAACCACAACUUCAGUCAGCAGGUACUGAAGAGCGGCCAGGCGGAGAACAAGUUCAAGUUCUCGGAGCCCAAUCCCUUUAUUGGCGACGAGGAGGAGGGCGAGGUGGCCAGCGUGGCGUACCGGUACAGGAAGUGGGAUCUGCACAACGGCGUGGUGUUGGUGGCUCGCUGCGAGCACGACGCCGUGGUGAACAUGCCGAGUGGGGACCAUCAGUUCCUCACCGUGAAGGCACUCAACGAGUGGGACUCGAAGUUGGCGAAUGGCGUGGAGUGGCGCCAGAAGCUGGACACCCAGCGCGGCGGCGUGCUGGCCAAUGAGCUGCGCAACAACGCGUGCAAGCUGGCCAAGUGGACCGUUCAGGCGCUCCUGGCGGGCUCCGAUCAGAUCAAGUUUGGCUACGUUUCCCGCGCUCAUGUGAAGGACUCAUCACGCCACGUGAUCCUGGGCACUCAGCAGUUCCGGCCCAACGAAUUCGCCACGCAGAUCAACCUGAGCAUGGACAAUGCGUGGGGCAUUCUCAGGUGCAUCAUCGACCUGCUGAUGAAGCAGAAGGACGGCAAGUAUUUGAUCAUGAAGGAUCCCAACAAGCCCAUGAUCCGACUCUAUGACAUCCCUGAGAACACGUUCGAGUCGGACGGGUCUGAGGAGUCUGGAGACGAGGGAGAAACCUUCCAGCCGCUCUACACUUACAGCGGCGGCGAGAAGAAGAAUUAGAGCGCCACUCCUGCUCCAGAUUCACUACAUUAUAGCUGCUAUCUCUAUUAUACGCCACUUGCAUAAAUUUUCAUGAGAAUUCCUCUAGAAAUUUUAAUAAAUUGUGUAUCAGAAAUUUUGGAAAAUAAAAUUCCCACCUUUUGGGUGGGCUCGGGGAAACCCACAAAAA